AUGACAACGCCGUGUUUGCUGCUGCGUGAUUUGGAUAUUAUUAGGCAUGUGAUGAUCAAAGACUUUAACUGUUUCUCUGACAGAGGAAUUUCUUUUAGUGAGGAUGGUCUUGGUGCCAAUUUGUUCCACGCAGAAAGUGAAAUGUGGCGUUUACUAAGAAACCGGUUCACACCGAUAUUCACAUCUGGCAAAUUGAAGAAUAUGCUCUAUCUUAUGAAUGAGAGGGGUGAUAACUUUAUAAAAUACGUCAGUAACAUAGUUAUCGAUGAGCAGGAGCAAGAGGUGCAUUCGCUUGUCCAGAAAUAUACGAUAGCGACAAUAUCAGCCUGUGCUUUCGGCUUGGACAUCGACACGUUAAGUGACAAAAUGGAGGCGCUGGAUCGAAUGGACAAAAUAAUAUUUACUUCCUCGCUCGCAAACGAAUUAGACAUGAUGUACCCCGGGAUUCUGAAGAAGCUCAAUAAAUCCCUUUUCCCGACGGUGAUAAAAAAUUUUUUCGAAGAUUUAGUCAAAAGAGUUGUAAAGGACAGAAACGGCGUGCCUUCAAAUAGGAAAGAUUUUAUGGACCUUUUAUUAGAAUUGAGACAAGAAGGCGAAAUUCAGGGCGCGAAAAGGUUUGACACAGAAAAACAACGGACUUUCGAACUGACCGACAGUAUUAUAGCUGCUCAAGCGUUUAUUUUUUACGCAGCCGGAUAUGAAACUAGUGCUACAACUAUGUCUUUUAUGCUCUUCGAAUUAGCUAAAAGUCCAGACGUGCAAGAAAAAAUGAUAGCAGAAGUAGAUGAAGUUCUGAAAACACACAAUGGCGAGGUUACUUACGAAAUGCUGAAAGAUUUAAAAUAUAUGCAAAAAGUCUUUUAUGAGACACUUCGAAAGUAUCCUUUGGUUGAGCCACUGCAGCGGAAAGCUCAGUUUGAUUACAAAAUACCUGGUGUUGACCUUGUUCUAAAAAAGAACCAAAAAGUGCUAAUUUCAACAUUAGGUAUCCAGAAUGAUCCAAAAUAUUUUCCAAAUCCUGAGAAAUUUGACCCGGAGAGGUUUUCACCCGAAAAAAUGAAUGAUCAGCACCCUUGCGCUUAUAUGCCGUUUGGAGUAGGACCUAGAAAUUGUAUCGGUAAGUUAAAAUUCAUUAAAAUG